UUCCUCAUUGCUUGACAGUUCUGUCCCGACGUCACCGGUUCCGUCCCAACACGGAAACGUGUGCCGUCGCGGUUCUCAUGGAUUUAAAGCGACACCGCUAGCGUCGCCGCAGCCGCCGCCGUGUUCGUGGACGCACGCGCUUUGGAAAUGGAGAGAGAGUUCUGACCUCUGUUGUUAGUUCAAUAGCUUCAGAGUUCCCGUUUGUUGCGAGCCGUGAACCAAAGUGCGCCGGGGGUCAUGGGGGCUCCGGGGCGCCUGCUGCUGGCUCUGCUCCUGCUGUCAUGGGAAGGCAAGCCGUUUCAGGUUGGAGGGGUCCGGUCUGUCACCCUCCCAGAAUCCCUCCUGUUCGUCUCCACACUGGACGGCAGUCUGCAUGCCGUCUCCAAACAGUCGGGGGACAUCAAGUGGACCCUCAGAGAAGACCCCGUUAUUCAAGUACCUGUCUACCUCACAGAGCCGGGUUUUCUCCCAGACCCCAACGACGGCAGUCUGUACGUCCUGGGCGGCAAACACAAGGAAGGCCUGAUGAAACUGCCCUUCACCAUCCCAGAGCUGGUCCAGUCGGCUCCCUGCAGGAGCUCUGACGGCGUGCUCUAUACAGGUAAGAAGCAGGAUGUGUGGUUUGUGGUGGAUCCUGAGACGGGCGAGAAGCAAACCAGUUUGACCACCUCCUCCUCCGAAUCCAUCUGCCCCAACACCCCCCUGCUCUACAUUGGACGCACGGAAUACAUGGUCACCAUGUUUGACACCAAGACACAGGAGCUGCGGUGGAACGCCACGUACAACGACUACUCGGCUCCGCCUUACGAUGACAAACAGGACUACAAGAUGGCCCAUCUGGUGUCGAGCGGCGACGGUCUCGUGGUGACGGUCGACAGAGAGACGGCUGUGUCUGUCUUCCCAGGGGACGUCCUGUGGAGCCAGAACUACGGCUCGCCCGUCGUAGGGGUCUACCUGUACUCCGGCGACUCCCUGAGGCACGCCCCUCACCUCUCCCUCGCCAUGGAAACGCUGCGCUUCCUCACCUUCUCCUCCUCCGCCGCCGCCGACGAACAGGAGGACGCGCACUCGACGUUGAAGUGGAGCUACCAGUUCGUGAAAGAGCAAGCCAGCGCGCAGACGCAGCUCGUACCCACUCUCUAUGUAGGAAAAUUGGACUCCCACCUCUACGCCUCCACUUCCCUCGUCCACCACGGAGUCUCGUUAGUGCCUCGGGGACUGACCUUGGCUCGGAUCGAGGGACCGGUGACGGCCGGAGUGACGGUCAGCGAGCGAGGGGAGUGUGAGAUCACUCCGUUCACUGAUGUGCGCUAUCCACCGGGAAGCACUAACAGUCGGAAAAACCACUGGCUGCUAAUAGGUCAUCACGAGCUCCCUCCGGUGGCUCACACCACCAUGCUGAGGGAUUUCCCCGCGGGCCUGCAGCGUUCUGGUGAGGCCGUCAUCCCCCCUCGCCCUCCGGCCUCGCCGGCCUCCCACUACCAUCAGCGCUACUUCCAGACGGUUGCCGGUAGCCAUGGCGACGGCGAUGCUAACGGAGGAGGGGUCGAUGGGAGGUCGGCGGGACAGGCCCGCGGGCCGGCCGCUGUGACGCCCGUCUACAUGACUCAGGACCGUCUGACUCUGGCGGUUCUGACGCUGCUGCUGGGAGGAUGGCUGGCCUUCGUGCUCACUUACCCCGUUCGUGCAGCUCAUCAGCUGAAGGCUCAAAGGCAGCUGGAGGAGGCGUUCGAGUCUCGUCUCCAGCGCAUGCAAACCAACAUGCAGCCGGCGGCGACCUCGGCUUCUUCAGACGCGACCCUCUCCAGUGACUCUCCGCCUGCGUCGGCCGACCCUCCGCCCAGUCCUCGCGCUCACAGCAGCGGCACCUCAGAUGUGGUUACAAAUGGAAACAAACCCCCAGCAGGUCUCUCAGAAGGAGGCAGCGAGGAGGUGCAGGUGGGUAAAAUCUCCUUCACGCCGUCCGAGGUGCUCGGACACGGCACCGCGGGAACCUUUGUCUUCAGGGGUAAUUUUGAUGGACGCCACGUGGCGGUGAAGCGAAUACUGCCCAAGUGUUUGGAGGUGGCGGAGCGGGAGGUGCAGCUCCUCCGAGAGUCGGACACCCACCCGAACGUCAUCCGGUACUUCUGCACGGAGAGAGACCGCCUCUUCACGUACAUCGCCAUCGAGCUGUGCGCCGCCACGCUGCAACAGUACGUGGAGGAUCCGUCUUGCUUUCCUGAGCUGAAUCCUAUAACUCUGCUGGGACAGACCAUGUGUGGCCUCUCACACCUCCACUCACUCAACAUAGUCCAUCGGGACCUGAAGCCCAGGAACAUCCUCCUCUCUGGUCCCAGCGCUCUGGGUCGGGUCCGAGCUCUCAUCUCUGACUUUGGUCUCUGUAAGAAGAUCCCGGACGGUCGGAGCAGCUUCUCUUUGCGGUCGGGAAUCCCAGGAACCGAAGGCUGGAUAGCGCCCGAAGUACUGCGGGAUACACCCGGCAACAAACCGACGGCAGCGGUGGACGUCUUCUCGGCCGGCUGCGUGUUCUACUACGUGGUCAGCAGGGGGCAGCACCCCUUCGGUGAUUCGUUAAGACGGCAGGUCAACAUCCUGUCAGGGGAAUAUUCACUCUCACAUUUUAUGGAGGAUAGGCACGACGACGUCAUCGCACAGGAUCUGAUCGAGCGGAUGAUCAGUGGCGAGGCGGCGGCGCGGCCCUGCACCGCCCGGGCGCUCAAACACCCGUUCUUCUGGAGCCCCGAGAAGCAGCUGCUCUUUUUCCAGGACGUGAGCGACCGCAUAGAGAAGGAACCAGCAGACGGUCCCAUCGUGGUCAAACUGGAGGCCGCGGGCAGAGCAGUGGUUCGGACCAACUGGAGGAUGCACAUCUCUGUGCCUCUGCAGACAGACUUGAGGCGCUUCAGGACAUAUAAAGGAAACUCGGUCCGGGAUCUGCUGCGAGCCAUGAGGAAUAAGAAGCACCACUACCACGAGUUGCCACCGGAGGUGCAGGAGACACUCGGCGAGCUGCCCGAGGGCUUCGUCGACUACUUCACCUCGCGGUUUCCACGGUUACUGAUGCACACGCACGCCGCGCUGCACUUCUGCUCCCACGAGAGACUGUUUCACCCCUACUAUCUACCCCCCCAGCGCCAAAUGACUUGACCCCCCCCCCCCCCCAGCACAUCAUAUACUCUGUACACACACUGAAGUAGUUUUUUGUUGUUGUUGUGAGCAACAGAAACGGUGCCCCUCUAUUGCUUUUGUAAAGCCCGCACCUGCAGUGCAGUGAAGAAAAGUUUUUAUAGAGUUUUUUUUUUUUUUAUAGAUCCAUUUCAAUUUUUUCUGCAGCUGUAGAUCGGGAAACGUUUUUUAAACAAAUAAAUUAGAAAAGCACACCUCCGCUAAAGCUGCACACAUUAUUUAUAUUAAUAAAAAAACUGUUUUUAAACUACAUCUUAAUGCGCAACUCCAUCAGAACUUUCCUUUUGAAAAAAAUGCAAUAGUUCGUCAACCACUGUAGAAACACGGCGAACUCCGUGUAGAGGACCUGGUUCCUAAGUAGAGCUCAAUCUAAGCCAACAAUAGUUUGAGGUGAUUAUAAUAAUAAUAAUAAUAAUAAUUCGAAUUUCUAUAGGGCUUUUCUAGACACUCAAAGACGCUUUAUAUGAUAUAAAAAAAUGUAUUAUUAUUAUUAUUAUUAUAUAUUAUUAUUAUUAUUAUUUUAUUUUUAUACGAUUUAUACACGAAUGUUAACAUAGUUAUGACUAUUAUAUUCCAUUUCUGCUAAUAAACCUCCAGAAAUGGACACACUGAUUUUUUUUUUUUUUACUGGCUAAUCGAUCGAGAAAAACAAGAGGAGAAAAGACAUGCAACAAUUUCAUUUUUAAAAAAAGUGUGUCUGGGACUUAGAUAAUAUUAUUUAAUAUUACACUAAACCAAAAGGAAAAGGCAAUUUGUUUUAUGAUCAAAUUAAUUAGAAAAAAAACGACAUUCACUCGCGGCCAAUUCCCUCUGAUUUGAUUGACGGGAGAAUAUUGCGGAAUAAUAACCUAAAUUCUGGUGAAAUCAGAUUGAUCCCGGAUUUGUGCAACAAUGGGGGACUACAUCAUUUGCCAGUCUCUUUUUAACUUUAAAUGAUUGUAGAUAUUUGUAUCGUAUCACUCCUGAACGUUGGCAUGGCUUGAGCUUUUGCGCCUCUCGAAAAGACACUAAUGGAUGUGUCACCUCCCUGUAACGACUGGAGGCUUCUCAUUGGUCUGAAUGAAUGAUGAUGAUGAUGAUGAUGAUGAUGAAGAAGAAUCCAAACUUUUGUACUUUUGUUGUUGUUGUGAAUGAGUGAAUUAAACUGACGCUUUGGGUGUGCCAAGGAAUGAAUGGA